CUUGACUUGAAAGCCAGUCUAGUCAAACAACGGUACCAAAGCCUCAAUUGCCAUGGGAUUCUUGACAUUCUUACUUGCCUACUUGGCAAUCUUGUGUAGCAUUGUAUUUAUUCUACUUUUCGGUGAAAGUCCACGGUUACGGAAUACACCAGUUGGAUCAGCUCACAGAUUUUUGACGGAAAUGCUUCCUCGUUUCAUCAUAAAAAAUGGCAAAAAAGUCUUUGGGGAACGCUCCAUUGCUCGUUUUUACGGCGUAUACCAAUAUACCUGCGAAUCUCGAAAUCCAUUUUUACAACUGUUUUUUCUAUUCCUAUUCACUGGUUCUCUGUACUUGUUCUUCAUUAGUGGAUGGAAGGAGGUGCCUGGACCAUUCCUUUCUCAAUUCCAUGUGUAUUUUAUUCCAGUGGAAAUCUUAUUUACCUAUGGAUGCUACUACGCUGCCUGUGCUGCAGAUCCGGGAAUCAUCACUAAAGAUAAUCUCCAAAAAUAUAUGGAUAUGUACCCCUACGACGGAUUGACUUUCGAACCCAGAGACUGUAGUACUUGCAAAAUGCCGAAGCCCGCCCGCUCCAAACACUGUUCAAUGUGUAAAGGUUGUGUGGCACGAUCAGAUCAUCAUUGUGCCUGGGUCAAUAUUUGCGUUGGUCAUAACAACCAUCGCUAUUUCCUCUCAUUUUUAUUCGCCCUCUGGCAGUUCCUUAUAUACGCUGUCUAUGUAACAUUCUCAAUUUACAGAGGAAAGAUCCAGCAAUGGGGUUUGGAUAAUGCUGUCAUCAAAGAUGCAUUGACUGGCAAGGAAAUCCCUCUGAGCUUCCGAAAAGCAAUGCUGUAUAUUCUUCAAGAGGAUCGAAUUAUUGGAGCUCUCGGUAUACUAUCUGCCGUCGUUUGUGUUAUCAUAUUCUGCUUUACUCUCUACCAGCUGUAUCUGAGCAUCCGGGGUAUGACGACAAACGAGGCGUUCAAAUGGGAAAUGGUCCAGGACGGAGUAUCUAAGGGAGAAAUUUGGAAAUUCGAAGAGAAAGAAGUCAAAAAGGAGAUCGCUCCAAGCACUGCAACAGACUUCUUCUGGAGAGAUGUGGAUAUGGAUCCCAAAACUGGUAGAAUCGCUCCAAUGAAAGGUGCGCGUAUGGUUAGAGAUUUUGCAGAAAUUCCUAAUAUAUACGACAGAGGACUGCUAAAAAAUCUGGCUGAGGUUUUAUUCCCUGCCAAGGUUUAAAGCGCUCAUUUCUCGAAGUGGUCUCAAAUAUAUUCACCAUGGUUACAGCCAUAAUACCAAUGUUUGCUAUGGAUCAUAGUGAAAUUAUGGACUGGCAGACGUUUGUUAAUCAGAACCCAUGGGCAACGCAAGCUCUGGAACAGAUGGCUGGGGUGGACGACCAGCUUCCAAAACAAUGUAUAGCAGUCUU